ACAUCCUGGCAAGACCCAUCUGCGCAGAGAUCGGCGAGGGCGAUUUUUCCGAGACUUUUCUUCGUCAUUUUCUCCUCCGAAUUUCUGUAACCUGUAAUCAUGUCUCAGACUACCGUUCUCAAGGUUGCUAUGUCAUGUCAAGGCUGUGUUGGGGCCGUUAAAAGGGUACUGGGAAAACUGGAAGGAGUCGAGUCUUUUGAUGUCGACAUAGAUGCGCAAAAGGUGACUGUGAAAGGAACCGUGGGGCCUGACGUAGUUUUUCAAACUGUUUCAAAAACUGGGAAGAAGACUUCCUUCUGGGAAGCAGAAGCCCCGGGAACAGCGGCGCCAGAGGCGCCACCUGCACCAGCUGAAGCAGAAGCUAAACCUGCUGAGCCUGUGGCUGCUGCUUAAGGUUUAUUCCAUUUGCUUAAUGGGAAUGGUCUGUUCAACGCAUAAGCUCUUUGCUUCGUGAAGUUAGUAAUGUUGUAAUAGUACGUGAUCUUGGACUUUUAGUCUGUAAUAAUUGAUUGGAGUGCUUCUUGUAUGACCUUUCUACUCUAAAACUUAAAUAUAGAUAUAUUUCUGUUUUUGCCUC